AUGGCCCACAGCAGCGCUGCACCAGCUGCAAAGCCUCGCGAGUGCCUGAAGGCGCUGAGCAUUGGCCAAGGCGCUGCUGCUGCUGCUGCUGCUGCUGCACCUGAUUGCUCUGAGCUUGGUUCGGCCUCGUCUGCCUCGCAUCGUACCUUCGCACCGACCGCCUUCUACCAACCUUGUUGCUUCUUCACCAACUUCGAUCCCCCUUUUUGCCUUCACACGCUUGGCCCAGCAUUGGCUCAGCACUGGCUUGUCUUCAGUUCCGGCUUGCUGCGUACGAGCCUCUUCUCGAUCUCGCCUCGAUUCAACUGCCAAGAGCGCCGCCCCGCCUGCUCGCUGUUCAGCUACCUCAGCACACCCGCAUCUCCCGGUCCGCCCUUUGCCAGCAGCUCGUCUCGAAUACAGCGGAACUAA